AGGGGACUGGGAGGCGACGCGAGGUCUUGCUUCUGAGCAUCCCUCGCGCACGUAAAGAAAGGAGCCGUCCAGGUUGGGGUCGCUGGCAGGAGGCAGGGGGAAUCCGGAGUCAGUCAGUGAGUGGCUGAGGUGGAAUUAAAGAAUCCUAAAUUGGGGGCAGUAGGAUUAAUUGGGAGGCGGGCAUGUUUCUUGCCCUCGGUGGUUGGGGAGGAGGGAAUGAUAGGAAGGACCCCGGGGUGUAGGCAGUGAAAUAAAGCAGAAUUAGCACUACUGCAGGUGCCACAUAACACCCGUUCCGCAUUUGUAAGAACUAUACCGUUUAGUGCUGGCAGCACCUACACUUUGGAACUCCCUGCCAAUUGAUAUCAACCAGGUGCUUUCGCUGUAUUCCUUUCGCGGCCAGCUAAAAUAGUUCUUGUCUGCGCAAGCCUUCACAGAUGCUUAGAAAUGUUGGUGUGGAUUUCAAUCAGUUCUAGCAUUUUAACUUUUUGAAUGUUUUAAAAUAUCGGAAAUUUUUCUUGAUUUUACUAUCUUAUCUUUUUGUAUAUCACUUUUUUCUUUGCAAUCAAGGGGCGUAUAAAUUUGAAGAAAUAGAUAGUAACUAAAUAAGGGAAACAGACUUGGAUGGGGGGGGGAGAAAAUCUCCCUCAAUUUAAUAAUUAAUAUUGUUUAAUGCUGAUUAGGUAGCUUCCAGUAGAAGGUUGCACGGACCAUCACCACACUUGAUAAGGGCUUUAAUCUGUGUGGGUAACAAGGAACGAAGAGGGUUGGUAGUCAAAGCUGAUAAACUAAGAGUGCCAGUAAGUCCUGUGGGGGAGAAAGACCUUGCUGGCCCCGGAAGACAAAUUAUUUUUUUACCCUACUGAAAGAAGCACAGGGGCACCCUGGAAUCUCCUCUGGAUCAUACUGGCCUUGCCAUGUCCACCAGCAGCUGCAGUUUUGCAGACAGAUGUGUGACUGUGCUGUGCUGCAGGUUUUGCCAGCAAGUGCUAAGUUCCCGGGGCAUGAAAGCUGUUCUCCUGGCUGACACAGAGACAGAUCUCUACUCCACAGACAUCCCUCCCACCAGGUGAGUCAACACAAGGAGACUCAGAGAACCUUGAAUUGGCUGUAAUUUUCUGUUCCGCAGUAAGUAUUUUGCUUGGCAUGUCUCACACAUUUUUUUAAAAAACAUCAACUUCAAGGAUAUACAGUGGUACCUCGGGUUACAGGUGCUUCAGGUUACAGACGCUUCAGGUUACAGACUCCGCUAACCCAGAAAUAGUACCUUAGGUUAAGAACUUUGCUUCAGGAUGAGAACAGAAAUCAUGCUCCGGCGGCACAGCGACAGCAGGAGGCCCCAUUAGCUAAAGUGGUACCUCAGGUUAAGAACAGUUUCAGGUUAAGAACGGACCUCCAGAAUGAAUUAAGUUCUUAGCUGAGGUACCACUGUACUUCCAUUGUCCCUGAACCAUAGUGACUUAUCUGCUUUAGAUCUAAGAUCCAGUUUUGGUGGUCUUUCUCAUUCUUAACUCGGUAUAGUGUAAUGGUUAAGGUGCUGGACUAGGAUCUGGCACACAAAAUUCAAAGUAGCCAUAAAGACAAACCUUGGGCCAGUCACUGUCUCUUGACCAAAUCUACCUCACAGGGUUGUUGUCAGGUUGAAAAGGGCACAGGAAGACCCCUGUAUGCCGCCUUGAGCUAGGAGGAAAAGUGGAGUAUAAAUGCAAUAAAUAAAAAUAGUACUAAUGAAGGGUCUUGGCAGAAUACACUACACUACAAUCACCUAAAUUGAUCUGCCAGGUUGCUGAUGCUGUGGCUGCUAUCCUAACUCACAUUUGUGCAUGGACUAUGAAAAGAGGUAUGUCUUAACCUUUUCUGUCCUUCUGGGUCUUUCAUGCACUCAUGUGGCAUACAGCCCUUAUAAUAUCUGCCAUAGUGUAGGAAAGUAUUUUCGUUUUGUAAAAAUGCAGAAUCCAAGACUUGAGGUCAAAAUAAAAUAUUCAGAACAUGGGCUUUCUAAAGCAGGCCUGCACAACUUCUGUUAUGUUCAGCUCUGGAAAUCACAGCAGCCUAUGUAGUCUGUCUGCCUUAAUCAUCUUAAAUUAUGAAAGCGGGGCAUGAUUCUAAUAUUAGAAUAGCACCACCAACGCUGUAACAGUAGGAGAACUUAGUGGCAGUAUGCUAGAACUGUCACUUUCACUUCUCUUAAUAGUCAGUUUCUGGUCUACAGUAUUUGUUGUGGUAACAGUCAAAAGCACAAUGGGGGGUGUUGUAUAAACCACAGGAAGACAUAGUAUCUGCUUUCCUACAUCCUCAGUGAUGGUGAAUCAAAGUGCAACUUUCAAACAUGAGAAAAGGAAGGAAGGAGUGUUGGAAGAAGGCGGCAAGUUUCAUUGGUGACAACAUUAAUAUACUGUACAUAUAGGAAAUCAUAAUCAUAUUUAAUCAAAACUUCUUAAGGGAACCCUAAACUAAUGGAACUUUUGUCACAGAGAGCUAGUGCCAUCAACGUGCCUUACUCAAGCUUCAGCAAUAUGGUUGCACAUUCAGUAAUUCAUAUGGAUAAAAAGAUGGCCUAUACUUGGGGGUGGAAGGCUUAAUGUUUCUGACAAAUCAUAGAAUAAUAGAAUCAUAGAGUUGGAAGGGACCCAAGGGCCAUCUAGUCCAACAAGGUAAUGCAGGAAUCUUAGCUAGAUCAUACAUGACAGGUGGCCACCCAACCUCUUACUAAAAACCUCCAAGGAGAGUCCACCACCUUAUGGGAAUCUGCUCCACUGUCAAACAGCUUUUACUGUUAGAAAGUUCUUCCUGAUGUUUAGUCAGAAUCUCCUUCCUUGUAACCCGAAUCCAUUAGUGUGGGCAACAAGGAACAAAGAGGGUUGGUGGUCCUACCCUCCAAAACCAGAGAAAACAAGCUUUCUCCAUCUGACAGCCCUUUAGAAUCUAAAUUUUACUAUCAUUAUUAACUGAGUUCCCAGAGAAUAAAAUGGUCAGCCAGUACUGCUGGUAAUUUAUUUGAGAAGAUAUACAACAGGCAACCCCAACCUUCGGCCCUCCAGAUGUUUUGGACUACAAUUCCCAUCAUUCCUGACCACUGGUCCUGUUAGCUAGGGAUCAUGGGAGUUGUAGGCCAAAUCAUAGGGUGGGCCGCAGGUUGGGGAUGCCUGAUAUACAAGGCCAAAGGGAACUCCACUUGGCUUUCAGGUGGGUAGAACUGGAAAUUUAUUAUUGUUUAAUAUAUACAUAGGAAUCUGUGUUAUAUGGACUCAAAAGAGAUGAACAGAUGUAGAAGACAUUGGUCUAGCUCAGUAUUGUCUACACCAAGGUAGCCAACUCUGAUUAGCCCCAGGCAGCAUGGUCAGUGGUCACAAUGAGAGGGCAUCUGGAACACACAGUUGGCCAACACUAGUCUAUAAGGAUGGGCAGUGGCUAUCUAGGGUUUCAGAGUCUUUCUUAGCCCUACCUGCAUAUGCUGGGGAGUGAACCUGGGAUCUUUCUUCUGCAUGAAAAGCUUGUGCUCUAGUACUGAGCUAUUAUCUCUCCGGCCCCAUACAUAAUAGUUGUAUAUCAGUGCUCUGGGAAACGUACAGAUUUCAAGAGAGCAAAUAUAAAAUCAAAGAGUAAAAUAAUUUUGAACUGCAAAGUGUAAAACGAGUUGUUAAAAAUGGCACAAAACAGCUUGAAAUUAAAAGUUCCAAAAGCCAACAUCAAGAUUCAUUCAAUACAAGUUAAUAUAUAUUUUAAUCAAAUGACAGAAAUGUUUCUUAGCUGAGACUUUCCCCACACUUCGAUAUUAUAUGGUAUAAAUGUUAAGUAACUGACAAAACCUUAAUUGAAUUUAUUCUGUGUGGUUACAAAUGGCAUUUCUAUGAUAAUGUUGAACAAUGAAACAAUGCUGACUAUUGCUAUUACAGAAAUGUGUUAAUGGAAUUCAGCAAACCUCUUACUUCAAACUGAGAUAUUAAAAGGAAAGCUAUGUUUUAGUGCCUCGGGAAAUUAUUUAUCAUGAUUGGUUUCUUUAUAAUGUAAUAAUUGAUUAGCAUGGCAGCCGGGGGUACUGUACUCUGUUAGGGCUGAGCAGUUAAGGGAGAGCUUAAGUGUUGAGAAGCAUCUACAUUUUGAAACUCUAAAUAAAAAAUGGCAACACUAUAACUGAUUAUUGGUAGUAGCUGCUUGCCACCUGAAUCUUAUCUACCAUAGCAACUCCCAGGGAUAGCUUUUAAUUUUCUGUCUAAUAUAGAUCAGCUCUGGGAAGAGGUCUGUUUGCUGUGAAUUAUACAGAAAAAACUGUUUAAUCCUGUCAGGAAUGCAGUAAUGAUCAGACUGCUUCAUUUGUAAGCAAAGGAACACACAUCCAAGAGCAAACACAGAUUAAUGGUUGUUGAAAACUAUUCAGUUGCAGGUGCCGAUGGAAUGAUUGGUUGUCGCUUCCUCUGUUGUACAGGAUGCUGUCGGCACUCUUAAUAAGUCUUCUACACCUGUUCAUCUCAUUCUGUUGCUAUGAUUCAUGGCUAGCAAUAGGUAAAGUGGCUCUGGGCUGCAACGCUGAUGGAAUGGUCACGCUUGGCUGUAGAGCCCACAUCUCCCUCUGCUUCAUCAUGAGAAGCAGAAACAAAAUUGCUGUAUUGAGUAACAAAUAUCAACAGACUAAUUCUUGGACAGAAGCUCUAUGGUAACAUAUUGCACUGGUUGGUACUCUUCCACCUGGCUGGCUACACCAGGAGGCUGGGUCACACAAUUUGGAGAUGUUUUUAGGGUUGAAGCAGACUAAUCUAUUGUUACUAAAGAGCAAUAGUGAUUCUCUUAGCUAUUGUGGAAUGAUCACAAUGGCUUGAACUACAGGGUUCAAGCUGUUUUUGAAGGCAGUUUUGACCUCUUAUCUGAUUUGCUCCUUUUGCAAGCUUAGGCAACAAUCCUGAAACCUCUUACUGUCAUGUGGUGCAAUCCUUUAAACUAAUGGAGCUUUUGUAGGAAAAUUUGCUUCAGAACUAGGCCCACUUUGGAAGAAAAUUGCUUUCUUACAAUGUGAUCUUAUGCAUGUUUAGUUGGAAGUAAAUGCCACUGAGUGGGCUGGAAUUUGUUUUCUGGUAAAUAUGAAGAGGAUUAUAGCCUGAUCCAAACUUUCCCUUUAACCACUUACCCAGACAGGUGGGAAGACUGCUAAGAGGCACAAGGAUAGAGCACUUUGUCUGUCCCUCCAGCAACCCCCUGUAUUUCUGCCUGUGAAGGACACUUGGACUCUUCCAUGCUGAGCACAGAAAAAAGGGGGGCACUGCUUCCUCUCCCUCUCUGUCUCCUGCAGCUCCCUGCACUACUACGCAGAGUGUCGAGUGGUGACCAUUGGCCAUGUUUUCGAGGCUGAUAAGAGUUGGAAUUCAUUAGCAUCUCGUGGGCCAAGAGUUGCCCCUCCUUGCAACAUAGGAGCCAAUAAUGAAUGCCUCUUGUCUUAAUUAGAGUGAAACAGCAUUUCAUAUAAGUCACGGGCACCACAACUUUAUAGGGGUUGCUAAAGUGUUUUCUCCAACAGGCAACUCAGCUCGAUCAUUUUUGAAGAGACAAUGCAAGGAAAAGACUACCUAUCAAAACUCAUUAAACUAAAAGCUGGAUCAAUGUACAGUUAUGUCGUAUAUUGCCUUUCUUACAAUGGCUGUUAGCAAAGAGAGGUUUACAAUGGCUGUUGGCACAUAUAGAUUUGUAAACUAACAAUAAACAAAGGGAAUAGCCUUCUGCUGGAACUUUUAUUGCUACAAUACUUCACAUUGUGAAACUGUGAUCAAGUUCAUUUUUAACUACCUACAGUCUAUUUCUCCCCCCAGUACUGUUGGCUUCAUUGGAAACUGCUAUUUCACAGAAAUCUGCAAAUGUAAACUGAAGAAUGUGGCCUGUUUGAAAUGGUAAGUAAGUAAUGCUGCAGUUUAACUUAGCAUAGUGUUUUGAAUAGCUGUGCGGCCGCUACCUCUUCAUUCAUUUGUGUGCAAGAGCCUGAAGUGAACCUGAUUAUCUAAAAUUUGUUUGAAUUUAACUAUCAAUCAUCACAGAAAUCCUUGGCUGACAAUGUCCAGGAUAAAUUCCAGCAAUAAAAUGGUUGGCAUAAAGAGCUCCCAGAUUUACUUGGGAUGACUGGACUAUUCUGAUAUCCUCAGGAUUUCCAAAACUAUGGUAGUACAAAGCAGAAUAGGUUAUUGGCAUGUGUUAUCUUCACCCACCUUUCUCCUGGCUUUCAUUCUAUGCUUUAAUAGCAGGCAGACAGGCAGAAAUGUGGCAGGUGAAGUUUUUCAUUGUGCAGAGAUGGAAGGAGUUUUUCCUCCCUAAUUUCUGCAUGUCAGUAUGCUGUUGAUGGAACAGGGACAGGGUUAAAAUAGGGAGGGGGCAGUAGUAGCUGAAACACAUAAACCCAAAGGAAUUUGACUACGAUACCGCACACAUCAAGGUAGCUAGAUUGCCAGUGGGGCAGAAGAUAGCCUUCUCUGUGGCCGCUUAUUAGAUAUUCAUGAAACAGCACAAUAAUUAGCAAAUCAUGAUUUUACCCUGUGGCUUGUGUCCCCCACCCCCAAAUCAGAGAAAUUGUAGAGAAGUUCAGUAUAGAUUCAUAUCUAUUCAAUUUUCUUCAAUUUAAUGGCUUUUAUUCUAAAAAUCUAACUAUCAGCUACCAUAAAAUGGUCCUGGUUUUAGUCAUCUCUGUAUGAAUUUGUCAUGACAUCAAUAAUCAUUCUAUCCCAUGCUUUCUAGAGCCACAGGGAUCAGUAGGUCAGUAUUUUCCCAUUUUUGUGAUAUGAGGUGAGGUGAGCUUAUGUUCUGUAAAAUAGUUUUUAUAUUUAAGAACAGGCAACAUCUGUUGUUAAUACAUUCAUAAUAUAGAUGCCCAUUUGGGGGUUAAAAAGAAAGUUUCAGGCUGAACAUACAGGCUAUUUCUGGACUGUUUCCCAAAGGCAUCUUGCUCAGUAUUUAGUCAAACAUUCACAACUAGUUUUACUGGAUGGGGUGGGAUCCUGUUUUAUUUACUUGCUAUUUACCAUGAGGACAUUCAUUUUACUGUUGAUUUUAGAGCUUACUCUUCUGUCUACUCUUUCACCUAAGAACCUGUGUGUCAGAUACUCUUUGUUUGCUUUUCUAGUGGGAAUGUCGUAGGAUACCAUGUGAUCGCUCCAUGCAAACCUUGUUUGCUGUCCUGCAACAAUGGGCACUUCUGGAUGUUUCACAGCCAGACUGUUUUUGGAAUCAACAGGCUCGAUUCUUCCGGUAUGGAAAAUUUCAUUCCACACACAAAGUUUAUUGUUCUUAUCCCCUUGGAGUGUUCUAUUCCAAAGCUUGUACUACAGUGAAUUGGGUGGUUCUCAGAAAAUGUAUACCAAGAGAGUUAGACAUACUUCAGGCUUGUUGGACCUACCGUACUUUAAUUUUUAUUAAAACAUCAACAUACUCCCAGGUUAAGGAGCAGGGUGCCUCUGAGCACAAGCACUCAGCCCAGGAAUUUGUUUUUAGCACCAGAUCUGAGCUCACAGUUCAUAAAAUAGCAAUCCAAAAGGGGAAAGCAUGAAUGAAAAAGAAGUGAUAAAUACUCAGGCAAAAACCAUCUUGAACUGCCAUGUUUGAGAACAAGGCCUCAGAUGUAUAACAGAAGCAUAGAAUCAUAGCGCCAUAGUCUCAUUUCUGAGCAACAAUGUGCAGAGCUGAGUGGAGUGGGAGGCCAACCAACCAGAAGAGUCUCUCAGGUAUACUUGCCUGGAGGUAGAGUCAGCAUCCAAAGUCUGGUCCAUUCCUAGGGUUGUGCGAACAGCAAUUCACAUUGUCAGAGGCGUCAGGGAAUUCGAUGAUCAUGGGGUCAAGACGAGCAGGAAGCAGCAAGGUAGGGCCAGAAACUACAAACAUUGUUACCAGCAUCUGGCUGCUGCUGGGAGCUCUGCUUAAGACAGCUGAAUCCAGCUGGUUCUCACCAGUGCCGCCUUCUCUGUGCUCUUGAAGGCUGAUCAGCUGCAGGUGGAGACACUCCGCCUUCUCCCCCUUCAGGCUGAUGUUCAGCAGGCGAAGCUGACUCCUGGCCCAGGACGCCUAGAGUUGGAAUUGGACCCCAGGGGUCAUCUAGUCUCACCCCUUGCAAUGCAGGAAUGUCAACUAAAGCAUAUAAGACAGAGCAUGUGGGAAAGAACACAAUGGAAGCACAUACCACCCACAAGCCACACACUUCACCACUGCCUGCAACAGAAACAUUUCCCUGCUGUUCACAAGUUCAGCUGCUAUGCGAAAGGGCUCUAUAUGUGUGUACUGAUUUCUGUACAACAGGCUUCAGAUGGACACUGCCCCAGUCAGCAUUUCUGCUGCAUGCAGUGAUGGCAAGGUGUGUCACUGAGGAAUAUACCCAGAGUGGGGCCAAGUCCCGUGACACCCCACCACCGGUGUUCUUUUCACAUGCGGUGGUGGGUUGUGCAAACCUCUCUCAUUUAAACUACCUUAUAGUGAAGGAAGGCUGUUAUAGAACUUGUUUUCCUGAGAAAGUAAUUGUCCCUGCUGCAGCAGUAGGACCGCUGCAUCUUUUAACAGGGGUGAGGUGAGGAAAACCUUUAGUCCGCCAGACGAUGCUGAACUACAACUCCUAUCAGCCCUGGCAAGCCUGGCCAGUGGCCUAAGUUGGCAGGAAUUGCAGUUCAGCAACAUCUGGAGGGCCAACGGUUUCCCAAACCUGUUUUAACAGGGGAAAAGAGGAGAUUUUGGUAGUUGUUGCUCUUCCGUUCUGUGACAUAAGAAGCUACAACUUGCUGAAAUUCUUUUAUAUCAAGGUUGGGGAACCUCAGGCAAGGCAACUGAAUGCAUCCACCCAUGCCUAUCUCUGGCCUUCAGGACUCUCCACAAAGUUCACACUGACCCAUGCCCUUCUUGAGUACUUUUGCCUGGCUGGAAAUCAGCUGUGAUAAUGCAUGGUUUGUGCAACCCUCUGGCUUUUGUAUGGCUGGAAUGUAGCUUAAUGUGUAAAGGGUAAGAUCUGCACUCCUUUUACCACCCACUUUUGCUUCACUGCCCCACCCACCACUAGCAUUAAUUAGGCCCUCAGAAGGUUGUUAUAAGGGGACAUGGCCCUCGGGCUACAGAAGGUUCCCUACCCCCAGUUUAUAGGAACCUAGAUGCUGGAAGGUUGACCAGCCCCGCUCUAGAAUGUGGCAUUUAAAUACAGAGGUGGAAUUAGAGGCUUAAACUGCAUGUUCAUGUUACUUUGUUUAUUAGCCUUUAUCUAUGGCUAGGGUUGUAGCUCCCUUCAGCAACGUGUUUUGCUUUAUUAGCAUGAGAUCCUGGUCAGAGAGAGUGCAAUGGAAGUUUUUUUGCCUUUUCUUUUUAAGGUACAAACUUACUGCUUUGGGGCAACUUGCCAGAUUCAGAGGAAAGCUUGGAUGAAGACACAUCCAGCAUCUCUGAAGACGAGUACAUCCGAUAAAUGUCAUCAGCAAUGUACUGCAUGGUGAGCCUCUCACACUGACAAGAAACACGAUGUGCAAAUCCCAGCAAGGCAGAGGGGAAGCACUUCAAAGGGUAAUAAUACCUGUUGACCUUACACCGUCUGAUCUGCUGGGCAUCCUGUUGUACAGGACGACUAGGAUUUGAAGGUCAAAAGGCAGCCCUCGCUCGCUUUCCAGAGAGCUACCCACCAUCAGUAUGUCCCCCUGGCUUCUGCAACUGCUUGCUGUUUCCCGUGUCCUACAGAAUGGCGUUUAUGUACAGAAGAUCAAGGAAUGAGCUCCACAUCGCCAUCGCUCAUUGUUGCACUAAAAAAGGUCAGGAAACAACACGGGGAAAGAUCCAGUGGUGUUUGAUAUGGCAAGUUAUCUGUUGGCCUGCAUGACUCCUUUUCCCUGUUUUGCUGGCUGAGUCAGGGGUUGUGCAUGGCCUCUCUUUAGGAACCACAGUUAAUGCUGCUACAGAGCACCGACAGUGAAUACUGACUCUGUGCUGUUGGCUGCCUUCCAGAAUCCCAUGUUUGCAUAACAUAUUGGGAAGCUCUUAAAUCUAGGUAUUUUUGCUUCCCUCGUGCAAGCGCAGCACAAUGUUUGGUUCUGCUCAAAGGCCAGAUUUUGAGGAAACCUACUGAAUAGCUUUUUCUCUGCCAGUGCACAUACGGCCAACAAGUGUGAGGACAUCGCCUGGGAACUGGCAUGCUUCCCUGCUCCUGAUGGAAGGAGAAGAUGCAAAGAAAUGCUAACAAAAGAAAACAGAGACCCCAGCUUCUGGACCUGCAGAUAUCCCCUUUAAUGCGUGCAAUCAAGAAACAAAGAGGCUUAAAAGAAUAGUGUCCAAGCAGCAGCAUUUGUAACUGUGUUUGCCCGUUUCUCCAGUUGUUUACAAGAAGAAACGAGCAGUGAGAGUGACGCUGAAAGAGAAUGUAGUAAAUGCAGGGCCAGGUUAAAAAAAAAAAAUUUCUUCUGGUUUCUCUACUGCUGGAACAAGAGUAUUCCCUAUGUAGCUAGUGGCACAGUGCCUUUUGGAAAGAAGGUAGCAACCAGGCAUGGCUUGAAUUGCAUCUAGCCAGUAGUGCACUGAAGUCUAAAGUAGCAGAAGCAGCUAAGUAGCUGCAGGUAGAACAUUAUGCUUUUUCAGAAUGAUGUAAGUGUUAUCUGGAGCAUGAUUUUUAAAAAGUGUACUAAUAUCCUCUUUGGAAGAAGGAAAAAAUAUGAGAAUUUUCAAGCUGUGUUGAUACUUUCAGCACACUAGUUUAUAGGCACUUUAGGGCCUGGUGCAGAUCCAGAAUCUUUGCCGUGGUGAGCCUACAACUCUAGUCCCCACAUUGCUUUCAUUCACUUGAAUGGAGCUAGGCAUAAGUUCAGGGAGCAGCUUAUUCCAAAUGCUUCCUGGAUUUUGCUGGUGCUGUUGGUGUUUGCAAGAUAGCUUGGGGAAGAUGGUGCUGAAUGAAUUUCCAGAAGUCGGUUAUGUUUUUACGUUUUCUUGGUGUGUAGGUGUGAUCAUUAUGUGAAACCCUCCAAAAGUUAUAGACUGAGUUAUUCAUAACAGUGGAAGUGUCUGCUAGUAAGUGGUGCAGUGAGGUAAUUUAGACUUUCAAUUUAAUGAGUGUUCUCUCUCUCUCUCUCUCUCUCUCUCUCUCUCACACACACACACACACACACACACACACACUUUGGAUCAGGGGUGAAAAGCCUCCAAAUCUGGUCCUCAUAGUUCUCUAGGUCACAAUUCUCACUUUUACACUGAUUAUUUUUGCAUGGUUGGUAUGCGUCCUUGAACUCAGAUGCCUCCUACUUUUCUAGGUAGAUGAUAGAGAAGUGUGUGUGUGUGUGUGUUGGUCUAGCCCACUGCACAAAAGUAGCUUUUACAUUUGUUGUUCCACCCAUUUUUGCUGCUGGCCUCAGCCACCACUAGCAGGUGGCCUCAAAGGGAACGAGGCCUUCAGGCUGCAAAGGGUUCUCUAUUCUUGCUUUCUAUGGUGUAAAUUACUUUGCUUACUUCAAAAUGUGGUACGCCAGCCCUGCUGUACUUUCUAUGAGCCCUCCUGCUCAUUCUGCUGAGUGAGGGCCUCACCUUCUGCCCCAAAAUGCCUCCCUGGCAACUCCUUUGCUACCAGUUUGCAGCAGGUUCAAAUGUCUAUCAGCUAUACGAGCUGUAUAUAGUAAUAGUCGGUGUGCUGUGUGUAUUCUGCGGUUCCACAAGAACAGAAUUCAGUAUCUGGAGAUUCUCACCUUUUAUUUAUUUUUAAAACUGCCUUCUAGCUGUUAAGGCUUCCAAUAUAAGCCUGGUGAAAUCUCUGAUGCCAAAGCAGGGGGCUUAAGCUGUUGCUUUCCUCCCAGCCAGCAGAAGCAAAGCAAAUAGUGAGCAUCGUUUACCCAGGUUAUGGAACUCAACUUCUCUUGGAACUGACUUCAGUUUAAUACCAACUUAUUUAAAGCACAAAAUAUUUGCAGCUUUAAUAAGAGCACCCUUCGUAUACACAAAAUAUACUAAGGUAACACCUGUCCUAAAAAAAUCACAAAAUUCACUCUGAGAAUGUGUUUUAAAGUGAGAAAUUGACUUAAAAUGUCAGAAAGAUCAAGACCUUCAGUUGUAAAAUAAGAAAGGCAAAAAGUGGGGGAACAGCAUUCCCAACAAAUCAGUUGUGCAGUAGGAUCCUGACCAUGUUUACUCAAAAGUAAGACCUACUGAGUUCAAAGGACAUUGCUCCCUACUAGUAAAUGAGUUUAGGAUCAGGUGACACCCGAAUGGGGUAUGGGUAACUGCAGAACAUUAUGGAAGGGAAGCUCAAUGCACCACUGCCAGAUUCAAGUGGCAGCUAAGUAUUUUGAAGAACAUCUAGCUUAGCCAUUAGAACAAUUGCAUUUUGUUUAUUCGUUAUGUGUGUGUGUGUGUGUGUGUAUACACACAAACAGUGAAAAAGCAGCACCAUGUGUUACUUAGUUAAGCACAAAUAUUAAAAAUCCUGUGAUUCUUGUAGCUACCCAAGGACAUAAAGAUUAUAAACACCUGUUACUUUGUUCAGUGUUUGCACUCAACAUCUCCUGAAAAGAAGCCUCAAAUAAACAAGCUGCACCAUGCACUUCUGAUGCAGAAUAUGAGACUUUGGCAGUGGAGUAUUAUUUUUAUUCUACGAAUUGGGAAGUAGAGGUGUAGAUCUGUGGAACAAGGGGAGCAAUGACCCUCUAGAUGCUGUUGCACUCCAAUUCUCGUCAGGCCAGUAUGACCAGUGAUCAGGUGUUGGUGGGAGCUAGAGUCCAUCAACACCUGGAGAGCUAUGGAUCCCACCGCCCCACCCCUUGCUCUAAAGCAACUUUCAGAACAUAUGCUGGACCUUUAAAAGGAAUCAUGAGUGUCUUCACAUGGAAGCAUUAUGUAGGGUUCAGCCAUCCAUGCCCGAAGUAUUGGAGAGGGCCUAGGUUCAAUCAAUGUUGUCAAAUGAUCUGGAGUAGCAGGGCUGUGAAAGAAAGCAGGCAGUGCUGGGCUAAAUGGACUUACAAUCUGAUUCAAUAUGAGAGCUUAAUGGGUGCUUGUAAAAGAUAAGAAACAAUUUUGGGAAACCAUCUGGGUUGUGUAAGCAAACUGUUGCAGGCAAAGGAUGAUAACAAGCCUUCCAAACUCCACAGAUCAGUUGGAUGCUGCAUAGGAAGAAAAAUCCAAUGAGAAAAUUAGGGUGCAAUCCUUGUCUAUGCAUUAACGCUAUUGAAUUCAUGGGGACUUACCUCUGAGUAAACCUGUAUUGGCUUGCGCUGUUAGAGGUACUCCAAACGAAAAAGAAAGUGUGCAUGAUUCAACAGAAUCCAUGACUCAAAUCUGCUUAGUUCAGCUGAAUUAGGUAUGUCCCUAUGUUUAGCUCUUGCCGGUCUGUCUGCUGUCAAGCCACCCCAAUUAUAACACUGCUUUGAUCUAAGAUACACAAGGCUAAUAUUCACUAAAGUUUCGGUAGUAAUAUUAAAAUACAAUGUGGG